GAAACAACAUAGACGGCGCGCUUAUGGCAUUCGCGACGUAAACUAAACCAUAACGAGCUCCAUUAGUGACUUUAGUAAUCCUUAAUGAGGUGCAAACUGACUUCAGAGGCGCUGCACUCUACUACGCCAACGAAACAGAAUCCGCUCCCGUGUUUAGGCCAUGAAGAUGUGCCGGUACCAAAAUGUGAGAGACUAUAAGAGUCCCAUCGCCGUCUCAAUGAGUUGGAACACCACAGCUCAGUGUAGGAUACCAACCGUCUCCGAAUCGUUCCGUUCACGUUCUGUCGUCGGUGACCGUUGAGCCAAGAGUCACUCGCAGACAUGACCUCCCCAUUCACCAAAUUCGCUGUAGCAGGCGCCACCGGAUCCCGUGGAGCACCGGUAGUCAAACAACUCUUCGCCGCCGGCUUCACCGUCACUGCCCGCAGUCGCAACGCCUCCCCCAUCCUGCCGUCCAACGUCAAGGUAGCGCAGGUGGAUUGUGGAAGUGUACACUCCCUCCGCAAUGCUCUGUCUGGCCAAGACGCUGUUGUCUCUACCCUCGGCUCGGCAGCACUGAGCUCCCAGAUCACUCUCAUUGAUGCAGCGAUUGCGGCCGGCGUUCAGCGUAUCAUUCCUAGCGAGUUUGGCUGUGAUACUGACUAUCCAUACAACAACACUCUGCCUGCAUAUAAGGUUAAAGUCGACGUGCGAAACCAUCUUCAGAAGGUAAGCCAAGGUACACAAACCAGCUAUACGUUUGUCAACAACAACGCUUUCCUCGACUGGGGCCUGGAGACGGGGUUUAUACUGGAUGUCAAGAAUGAAUCUGCUGACCUCUUCGACGGCGGCAACACCGUCUUCACCGUCACUCCCUUAGAUGUUGUCGGGCAGGGUGUACUUGGAGUCCUUCGCAACCCAGACCAAACGAAGAACCGCGGCGUCAGAAUCCACGGUGCAGGUGUAACGAUGGAGCAGCUCUUGGGCAUGGCGCAGAAGCACGCAGGCGCUGGUGCUGCGGAGUGGAAAAUACGCACGGUCAAUGGUGAGGAAGUCGAAGACCAGGCUUACCGAGCUUUGAAUGAAGAUCCUACGAACUUCAUGGCCUGGGCGAUCCCAAUGAUCAGGCGCGCAGCCUUCGGCAAAGACGUUGGCAACAACUUCAGCGAGAUCAACGACAAUGCGUUGCUGGGAGUCCAGGCCUUCGGUGAGAGUGAAGUAGAGGACAUUGUCAAGGCCCGCUGUUCCUUGAUAUAGUCAUGUUAUUGCAAGCUGGGUAU